UGGGCGGGAGACGGCCGGGCUGCCCCACUCUCUCCGCGUGCGCCCGGCCGCCAUGGAGCGCAACUGGAGCGCCGUCGGGGGGCCGGGCAAUGCCUCGUCUAGCGGGCCCGGGGAGGCGGCGGCCGCGUGGGCUUUCGGCGCGGUGCUGUCGGUGAUGUAUGUGGCCGGCGUGGCGGGCAACGUGUACACGCUGGGUCUGCUGUGGCGCUCGGGCCGAUGCGCCCGCGGCGCGCCCCUGUCGGGCUCCAUCGCCAGCCUGGCGCUGGCUGACCUGCUCUACCUGUGCUCCAUCCCCUUCAUCGUGGGCACGUCGGUGGCGCAGGACUGGUACUUCGGCGAGCUGGGCUGCCGCGUGCUGCUCAGCCUGGACCUGCUCACCAUGCACGCCAGCAUCUUCACGCUGACCGUCAUGUGCACCGAGCGCUACCUGGCCGUCACCAGGCCGCUGGCUACGCGGCAGCGGUCGCGGCGCUUCAGCAAAGCCACGGCCGGCGCCGUCUGGGGGGUGUCGCUGCUGCUCACGCUGCCCAUGAUGCUGAUGGUCACGCUGAGCCGCAGCAAGGACGGCAAGCACAUCUGCGCGCCCACCUGGAGCCCCGACGCCUACCGGCUCUACCUGACGGUGCUCUUCAGCACCAGCAUCCUGGCCCCGGGGCUGAUCAUCGGCUGCCUGUACGCGCGCCUGGCCACUACCUACCUGGAGUCGCAGAGGAACCCUCCGCGCAAGAAGGAGCCCAAGCGCUCCCCGCGCCAGAAGGUGCUCAUCCUGGUCUUCACCAUCGUGCUGGUCUUCUGGGCUUGCUUCCUGCCCUUCUGGAUCUGGCAGCUAGUGCCCCUCUACCACGGGCCCCUCAGACUAGCGCCCCACACCCAGAAGUGCAUCAAUUACCUGGUGACCUGCCUGACCUACAGCAACAGCUGCAUCAACCCGUUCCUCUACACCUUACUCACCAGGAACUACCGCGAGUACCUGCGCAACAGGCACAGCAACUUCUACCGCUUCACGUCGUCCUUCCGCAAGAGGGGCUCCAGCCUGCACUGCUCCUGGAGGCGAUCCACCUCCUCCGGCACCCACGGCGAGUCCGGGUCCGAGGCCCUGAGCAUGGCCACGUUAAGGGACUGCAAAUGAACUCUCUUCCCCCGGUUUCUUAGGAGCAGCUUGCAAACACCUCGGAGAUCCAGCUGGGCCUGGGCAAGGUAAGGCCUCCUAUGUGUCUGACUAAAGUUUGGGAGGAGUUGGGCCCACUUCCAAGGAGGGACACUUAAGUAAAGAAAGGCUUGUGUAGAAUGAGCCUAGCUUUGCUUACUAAGAAGUAAACCCCUUUGAUUUCAGCCAGACUUGUUUCCAAGCAAGUACUGCCAGCCUAACUGUGCCAACUACCAACAGUUCCAUUAAGUGCUGGUGAAACUUUGGAGUAAAUAUGCACAGCAUUGUACAAUAAGCUUGCUAACUCAGAAGUAAGUCUUCCUUGAUGGCACU